AUGGUUUACGCAUUUAUCAUCAACACUAUUUUACCAGGAAUACCGAGACUGUUGUAUUAUGAUAUAUUUGGACAAGAUGGGGUUGCUGAUGACAGCUUAGACAUUACGGCUGAUGUACUUACGUCUAUUCGAAAAUCUCAAAUACAACAAGUUUUCGAGAGAGUUCACUCUGAGUAUCAGUUUCGACGUUCAUUUAGUGGACGGUCUGUCGAAGACGAUGUUUUAAAACUUAUAAAUGAUGACACUCUGCCUGAAUUCGACACUGGAUUUUUUAGACUUAGGGCUGGUGAAGUGUUUCAAAAAGAUCGAUAUGUGAUUUGGUUAGCUGCAGGAUACACAGCCUUCUCGUUUGUUUGUGAAAAAUAUGAAAAUAGACUGGUUGCUGAAUCGAUACUCAAACAUUUAAUUCGAUAUUUACAAGAACAUGUAAGAGUUUUGACACAGCCUUCAGAAACUGGCCUACGAUCAGAGAGAGUUGGUGUUGUGGUUAAUACAUUUCUACCUCAAGGAAAUUUACUGUUUCUCAAUAAUCGAUUAAUAAGACAAUUAGAAAAAGAAGUUGACAACCAGAUUAAGGCGUCUUAGUAGACUAUUCAUUCAGUUUGAACACAAAAAUCUGUAGUGACUUGUUGGCACAAGUGAAACAUUACUAGGCCUACCUGUGUUGUAAUUGAUUACUUUUCUAUUUUAAGAAAGACACUUCAAACAUUCCAGAAGGCAUGAACAUUAACAUAUGAGAGAUAGAAUGACUUGUAUUAUGAAAGAUAUUGACCUAUCUGUCUUCAAAAUCUUUUCAUUUAUUUAUAUUGCUCAAGUGACUUCUAUACAUACACUACUAACAUCAAGGAUUGAAAUGAGUUUUUGUUCCCUGCCCACCAUUUAACAUUAUUUGCAUACUAACAGAAUCUUGCAGACUUCAGUGGAGAAACUGUAUAUUUACAAAAUUAUAUGCAGUCGGGCUCAUUAAAUUCUAGUUUUUAUUGUUUUUAUAUAGUUAACGCUUAUCAAAUCGGUAUAUGAUGGGGAUAGAAUAAAGGGAUUACAUUUUUCACCCGUUUUUUUGAUAAAUUGUACAAGUCUGAAGUUCGUUGUUAUGUUGAAUUUUGCCCAUAUUUUAAGUGAAUUUGAAUAAAAUCUUUGAAACAAUACUGU